AUGGGCCAUCUUGUCAAAGGGACCCACGAGCCGUCCUUUAGCGGCCUCCGCGACUUGCUGAGCAAACACAUCUCUGAGGGGGAUGAGGUCGGCGCCUCAAUCGUCGUCAAUAUAGAUGGCCAGAAUGUAGUCGACAUCUGGGGCGGCUACUUCGACGAAAGUGGCACCCGCAGCUGGGAGAGAGACACUAUCGUCAACGUCUUCUCUACCACCAAGACCAUCACCAGCCUUGCUGCACUCAUUCUCAUCGAUAGAGGCAUCAUCAGCCCCUACGAGAAAGUGGCCACCCAUUGGCCUGAGUUUGCCGCGAAUGGGAAGCAAGGCAUUGAGAUUCGGCACAUUAUCUCUCACACGUCUGGUGUUCCAGGAUGGGAGCAGCCAGUUACGCUGGCUGACGUCUGCAACUUCGACAAGGCAGUCUCCCUGCUCGCCGCUCAGGCGUCCUGGUGGACUCCAGGAACUGCAUCUGGCUACCAUUCCUUCACCCACGGGUUGUUGAUCGGUCAAGUCAUUCGCAAGGUCAUAGGAAAGACCCUCAAAGACUUUAUUCAAGAUGAAAUGGCCGGACUGCUGGGUGCUGAUUUCCAGCUUGGGGUUAGGGACUCUGACUUGCACCGCGUUUCCGACCUCAUUCCCUGGACCCCAAGCCCAAACGCCGAUUCUCCUUCCGAUCCCAACUCCAUUUCUGCGCGAGUGAACAAUAACCCCCCCUUCACACCCGACAUGGCCAAUACCGCCAUGUGGCGAAAGGCUGAAUUGGGGGCCGCAAAUGGACAUGGUAAUGCACGGUCUAUUGCAAAGAUUCUCUCGGCGGUUUCUCUUGGGGGUUGGGUCGACGGGAAACACCUCCUCAAGCCGGAAACCAUAGACUUGAUUUUUCAGCAGAUGUCGAAUGGAACAGACCUGGUGACCAACAUGCCAGUGCGAUUUGGAAUUGGAUACGGAAUAAGGGGCGAAGGAGUGAUCCCUACUUGGCUGCCUGAGGGAAGGAUAUGCUUUUGGAGCGGGUUGGGAGGGUCGGUCGCCAUCAUGGAUUUGGACAGGAAGAUGACAAUUGUGUAUGCCAUGAAUAAGCUGUACCCCGUCGGACUAGGAUCUAACCUGACGAUUGAGUACGUGAAGGAGAUUUACAGGGCGGUGGGAGUGUCCGGACUUUAG